AACUAGCAGAGAUGGACUUGAUGACAUUUUUCUGUGUUUAUUGUUCAAAGGAGAAUAUUAGUGAAAUUGGUAAUUUUACUAAUAAAAAGCAAGCUGUAGCUUGGAGCUUGCUAAAGAAAUUUCAUUUAAAAGGAGAAAAACACCUACUAUCUAUUAUCAAUAGCAGAAUUUUGUGAAAAGAUUUAAAUUUCCUUUAGAAGUGUUACUUUACAUGAUGGCAAAUAAAUUUUGAAAUUCAAUCACUUUUUUUUUAAAGUUCAUUCAAAUACAGGAAACUUACUGUACUGAAACAACUCUGCUUUUGAAGAUUCAUCCGUUUGAGGAACAGGCUUUUAAGUUCAUAAGAAAAGGGUAUUGUAUAGAAUUCUGACAUACUUUAUGAUUUAUGGAUAUUUAUGAUUUAUGGAGUUGGGUUUAUGAGGCCAUACAUUAUCAGAAUAAAUGGUGGUCUUGUUCUUCUGUAUCUCCUAGUUCCUCAGGCUUAGAAUGGAAAGAGUCAAUACGUGAGAUUGUCGGGCCAUGGGAGAAGAUGUGUGCUCCAAGGGUGCCAGUGCUGGCAGCAUGAUCAAUGGAUCUCUUCUAUUCCAGGAGACAUGGAGGUCUAUUUGUGGUUGGAGUAACCUGACUAGAUAAAGUAUAGAUCAGUCUGCUUAUGAAAGUACCUCCCAUGAAGAAGACUGCCUGAUGGCUUAGUUUCCUCUGAAUCAUGUUAACAGAUAAACCUUUCUGUGAAAUUAAAAACCAAACCCAGUAUUUUUCUGAUUUCUGGGUUUCCUUGGAAAUUUUUAUCCCCUUCUUUGUCAAUUCAGUUUCAGGAACAGAUUGAAGAAACCAUGGCCAACCAACGGGAUUACAUUAGCAGACCUAUAUGCAAUGGAAUUUCUGUUCCUGAAAAUAAAAUCAAUUCCUUAGUGGCUGAAGGUCAUGGACAACAAAUUCUGAAAGUACUACAAAAGUUCAGAGAACAAAAUAUAUUUUUUGACUUUAAAAUUCUUGUGAAAGAUGAAAUAAUUCCUUGUCAUCGUUGUGUACUGGCAGCGUGCAGUGAUUUUUUCAGAGCCAUGUUUGAAGUUAAUAUGAAAGAACGAGAUGAUGGCAAUGUUACUAUUAGUAAUCUAUCACCCAAGGCAGUGAAAGCCUUUCUUGAUUAUGCUUACACAGGAAAAACAGAGAUAACAAAUGAUAAUGUGGAAAUGCUCUUCCAACUAUCAUCAUUUCUUCAGGUUUCACUCCUUUCCAAAGCUUGCAGUGACUUUCUAAUAAAAAGUAUUGAUCUUGUGAAUUGCUUACAGUUGCUUUCUCUAUCAGAAAGUUAUGGUUCCGUCCGCUUAUUUGAUCAUGCACUAGAUUUUGUACAGCACCACUUUUCCUUGCUGCUCAGAUCAAGUGAUUUUUUGGAGAUGAAUUUUGAGAUACUACAAAAAUGUCUCGAGGCUGAUGAACUAAAUGUCCCAGAGGAAGAAUCAGUGUUGAAAGCUGUCCUUCAGUGGACCAAACACAACAUCGAAACACGACAGAAAUAUCUGCCUAAUCUGAUUAAAAAAGUGAGACUGCACCAGUUACCUGAAAAGACUUUGCAGGACUUUCUACAUUCUGAAGAACACUUACUUAAGAGUGCUAAUUGCUCAGUAAUAAUCAAUGAUGCAGUUAAAAGUGUGCAAAACUUCAGCGGACUGUUUCCAGAUGCACGUCCUUCAACAACAGAAAAAUACAUAUUUGUUCAUAAAACUGAUGAAGAUGGAGAAAACAGACAUACAUUCUGCUACAACAUCAAAACAGAUAAAUGGAAAGAACUACCACAUACUCACAUGAUUGAUCUUCCAGGGUCAAGCUUAUCUAGUUAUGGAGAAAAAAUAUUUAUAACUGGAGGAUGCAAAGGGAAUUGUUAUAGGACUGUCAGGCUUCAUAUUGCUGAACCAUUUCAUGAUGCCACUGACCAAACCUGGUGCUACUGCCCAGUCAGUAAUGAGUUCUCCAUCGUGUCAGCUAUGAAAAAACCAAGGACAAUGCACACAUCUGUUGUAACCUUAAAUCAGCUGUUUGUAAUAGGUGGAAAGACCAGGGGAGCUCAAGAAACCCGAAGCCUUUUGGAUGUAGAAUCAUAUAACCCUCUUUCCAAAGACUGGAAAUCUGUAAGUCAAUUACCAAGAGGUAUAUACUAUCCAGAAGCAAGCGCAUGUCAGAAUAUAAUUUACGUCCUUGGCUCAGAAGUAGAGAUUACUGAUGCCUUCAAUCCAUCUCUUGACUGUUUCUUUAAGUAUAAUGCUAUGACUGAUCAAUGGUCUGAGCUUGUAGCAGAAUUUGGGCAGUUUUUCCAUGCAACUCUAAUCAAAGCCGUUCCAGUAAACUGUACAUUAUACAUAUGUGAUCUCUCCACCUACAAGGUCUACAGCUUUUGCCCAGAAACCUGUGUUUGGAAAGGGGAAGGAUCUUUUGAGUGUGCUGGCUUUAAUGCAGGAGCAGUUGGGACAGAAGACAAAAUUUACAUAUUAGGUGGUGAUUAUGCUCCAGAAGAAAUCACAGAUGAAGUUCAAGUCUACCAUAGUAAUAGGUCUGAGUGGGAAGAAGUUUCACCAAUGCCACGAGCCUUAACUGAGUUUUACUGUCAGGUCAUUCAGUUUAAUAAAUACAGGGACCCCUGGUCAUCAGUAUUAACAAUUUGCUCUGGAGAAUUCUGAAACUCUUUAGUCAAAAGAAUCUAUUUAAAUGCACAAGUUUUAAAACAGAUAUUUAGGUAUUAACUUACAGAUGGAAAAAUAUGCACUAUUUUAUUUAAAUCUUCAGUUUAAACUGUAUGCUAUAGAAUUGCUUUUGGAAGAGUCCAUUGUCAUUCAUGCUAGUCAAUAUAUAGAAAGAAUUUUAUAUGCAAGUCUUCUGUGUAAUUAUCUGAAUAAUUUGCAAAAUUAUAUUACUUUUAAAGAAGCAUAGUCAUGAGGAAUUCAUUGUGUAAUAUGUGCCACUAUUUCUGUAAUAUUCACAGUUUUCCAAGUAGACAAAUUACUGAGUGAGAAAACUGACUGUGAUACUGUUUUCCCUAUGUAACUGAAGUUUAAAAGAAAUUUAUGUUAGUGGUGUUUUAGUUAGGGGUUUUAUAUUCAUGAAUAUAUUCAUAUUCAGGAAGUUAUCGUCAGCUUUAUCUUAUUAGAAUGGCCUUAGCAAGGUCAAGAGCCAAAGUGACCUUCAGAACAUUAAACCCAGGUAUCUAACUUGAAGAGACUGAUAAUUCCUGUCAUCUUACUUCAGCUCUUCGGUUUUACCACUUUUUCUCCAUCCUUGUGCCUUAGUAGUAGCUGUAGUUUCUGUUUUCAUCUCAUCAAGUGUGGCAAGAUAAACUUUGAUAACAUACUGCACAGUAAGCAAGAUUUCUACAGGAUGGAUGAUUCAUGUGGUUUUGCUUCAGUCAUGCUGUUAAGUAAAGAAAAAAUACUUCAGGAUAUUUUCUAACAGCAGUCUUCCAUCUCUGAAGUCUCCAGUUAGCCACUAUGCUGCUUACAGCAGCAAGCUGUAUAUAAACUUCAGUUGGUUGCUUUGGUUACCUAUGGGAAAAAUUUGUAUCUUGUGAUACAUCAAGUACAAAGUUACCAAAGAAAAAUCCCCAUAUUUAAAGACAAAGUAAAUAGUAUUUCUGAGUUGAAAUAGUUCCUUUUAAUUUUUUAUUUUUAACUUCUAUAGUGGUUUAAAUGAAUCAAAAUAUUUUAUCUUGUACUCCAUGGUAAAUUUAAGAGUUAAAAUAAUAUUGGCAAACACUACACAAUAUAUUGCUUGAUAAAUCUUCAGUACUCAUCUAUUAUACUGUUAAAAUUGUAAUGGACUUUUAGGAUUAAUAUUAGUGUAGGCAUACAGUGUGAAGUAAAUUUGCAUUGAGUGGGACCUAUGUCUGACAGGAGGACACUGAAAUUAGCUAGGUUUCUUCAAUUCAUCUGUAAUCUCCACAGCCUGAAAAUUUUCUUUCUUACCAGCUAUUUGAAUAAGAUAUUGGGAGCCCUUAUAUUUCAUAUAAGUACUGUUUAAGCAGUAAGGUAAUCUUAUUCCAACAUAGUAGUUCUAAACAUCUAAGCAUAUUUUUUCCAAGGAGUUUAAAAAUUAACAAAAUCUAGUGAGGCAUCUAAAACAUCUUUUGUAUGGUUUGAGAUGACCAUGGUAAGUUCAUCAUCACUUCACUGCUUCAUGUACUUUUUGCAAAACUCAAGCUCAAUAUUAAUGCUUAA